AGAGAGAGAGGCGGUGGCGGCGGCAGCGGUGGCAGCAGUGAGGGUGGUUUGCCUACAGGUUUUGGAGAGGGCCGUUGCUGCGGGUUUGUCCCGGAGCGACUCAGUUCUUCGUGGGUUUUUCUUUUGUUGUUGUUCUUUUUUCUCUUUACUUACAGUCGUGUAAAGUUUUAGAACUUGUAUACUCUUUUCGUUGUUUGAUUGCUUGCUAACCCCUCACACUGAAACUUUUCCGCCGCGGCACAGCGCAUGGAGCGAGGACGCGGGAUGGGGAAAACGGCGUUGCUGGUUGUGCUCUGCCUCUGCGUGCGCGGGGCCGCCGGCUCAGAUCCCGCAGAAGCUGAGAUGAAUUUUGAGGGGAUUGAGAGCAAGUUUUCCUUAAGAACACCUGCAGAGCCUGAUGAGGAUGUCUGCUACCUGGUUCCUGGGCAGACGGACAGCUUGGCACAGUGCAACUUCAACCAUACCAGUAAAACCUUUGUGGUGAUCCAUGGGUGGACGGUGACAGGAAUGUAUGAAAGCUGGGUCCCAAAGCUGGUGGAUGCUCUGUACAAGAGGGAACCUGAUUCAAAUGUUAUAGUUGUGGACUGGCUGGUUCGAGCUCAGCAGCACUACCCAGUGUCUGCUGCUUACACGAAGCUGGUGGGAAAGGAUGUUGCUAUGUUUAUUGACUGGAUGGAGGAGAAGUUCAAUUACCCUCUCAAUAAUGUCCACUUGCUGGGAUACAGUCUGGGUGCUCAUGCUGCUGGGAUUGCUGGGAGUCUAACCAAGAAGAAGGUGAACAGAAUUACUGGUCUGGAUCCUGCUGGUCCCACCUUUGAGUAUGCUGACGCCCCUAUCCGCCUCUCCCCGGACGAUGCUGACUUUGUGGAUGUUCUGCACACGUACACUCGAGGCUCUCCAGAUCGCAGCAUUGGGAUUCAGAAACCUGUUGGACACAUCGAUAUCUACCCUAAUGGUGGAGGUUUCCAGCCAGGCUGCAACUUGGGAGAAGCUCUCCGCCUGAUUGCUGAAAAAGGCUUUUCAGAUGUGGAUCAGCUGGUGAAGUGCUCUCAUGAGCGAUCCAUCCAUCUCUUUAUUGACUCGCUCCUCUAUGAAGAGAAGCCCAGCAUGGCCUAUCGCUGCAACACAAAAGAGGCCUUUGAGAAGGGCCUCUGCCUAAGCUGCCGGAAGAACCGUUGCAACAACUUGGGUUAUAAGGUCAACAGAGUGAGAACAAAGAGAAACACCAAAAUGUACUUGAAGACCCGCGCUCAGAUGCCCUACAAAGUCUUCCAUUAUCAGGUCAAGAUACAUUUCUUCGGAAAGACCAGUGUGACCAAGGUAGACCAGCCAUUCCUGAUCUCUCUGUAUGGCACUCUAGAUGAGAGUGAGAACAUUGCUUUCACACUGCCUGAAGUCUCUUCCAACAAGACCUUCUCCUUCCUGAUCUACACCGAAGUGGACAUUGGUGACCUGCUUAUGCUAAAGCUGCAGUGGGAGAAAGAUACUUUCUUCAGCUGGUCAGACUGGUGGACUCCAUUUGCAUUCACCAUCCAGAGAGUCAGAGUGAAGUCAGGCGAAACUCAGAAAAAGGUGGUAUUCUGUUCUCGAGAUGGCAGCUCACGUCUUGGUAAAGGAGAAGAGGCAGCAAUAUUUGUGAAGUGCCUCGAGCAGCCCGUCAGCAGGAAGAGGGGAGGUGCCAAGAAAGCCUCUAAAGAAAAUUCUGCACAUGAGUCUGCUUAAAAAGUGGCAAGAAUGAGAAUUUCCACACUGGGGAGGAGGAGGGAGCCUGUUCAUCACUGUGAAGUGGAUGUUCAGAUCUGAAUAUAUAGAAAUAUUUAUCUGCUGCUGGCUUUUUUGACUGCUAUAUCUAGCUAUAUUAGGAGGCUUCUUGUAAGGAAGUCUCAGCGUACAAAGUUACUAACCAUAAAGUUACGUUAUCUGAAUAGUUAAAAACAAAGAAACCCCUGCAACAACUUGCCAAAGGCUUGAGUGUUAGGAAGGAAUAAGUAAUUUUGCUUAAUUGUGGUGCCUUGUGACAGUUUCUUGAUGUCAGCUCCUUUUUAUCAGUUUUGUAAUAUUUAUUGAAAAGACACAAAGCUUCUGUACCUGGUCUCUUUUUAGUGUUCUUUGUUUCCAAUAUUUUUACAGAAAUCUCCUGGAACUGCAGAUCUUUUUUCUUUUUUUUUUUUUUUUUUUUUUUUUUGUUGUUGUUGUUGUUGUUGUUACUGUUGUUGUUCUCCUGGCCUUGCUAACUGAAUUUUCAGACAGUUCAGCAGCUAGAAUUCAUUGUCUUCAAGUGUGUGUUUGGCAAGUGAGUAGUUUUCUCAUGGAAAAAAUGCCCUUGUGUGUAAAGCUAUAAAGAGAUGUCAGGGACUGGUUCAAUAUGGGGAUGAAUCUUUUGGGUUGUGGUUAUGAAUGUGGUUUAAUGGGUGUAGAUGCCAAUGCUUUUUAGCAAUAAUUAUAGUCUGUUAAGAUAUGUAAUCCCAUGCAGUUUAUCCUGGAAUAAAUAGCAAUAGGAGAAGACAGCAA